UGCUGCAGAACAUGGGCCUUGACCGACCCAUCGGUCCAUCCCAUUCCACACACGCAUGACACACACGCACAAAGCUACAGUAUUGCUUGCUGUUGUCCCUCCUUCCUUCCUUCCAUGCAAAAAUCUCUCGCCUUUCCCCGCUCUCUUUUGCCCUCCUCGAUCCCUCCUGCAGCCCUGAUCGGUACGUAGAUCGAUCAAGCUGCUAGCUAGCUCCAUUUCCACGCCCCUUUCUCCUCCUGUCUCCAUUACUGCGGCCUAGUUAUUAUGUUACCCUACUAGCCUUUGCCCCCACAAAGCCAUCGAAAGGCGUGGCAGCCAAGUAACACUAGGUGUCGCUACUACCAGGUGGCCAGGUCUAGAGCCCAGCCGGCCGGCCGGAGAGAGCGAGCUGGGGGAGAGAAAAGGCGAUCGAGGCCUUUUCCUUGUGAGAGGAGGAAUCAGGGGGGAGGAGGAGCUGGGGUCGCCAUAAUUCUUGCGAGCGCGAGCAAGAUCAUAAGGGGAAGACAAAAAGGCCGAAAGGCGAAUCAUGGUGCCACAUGCCAUGGCCCUAUACAAAAGGUAGCUCUAGAGCGACCAGCGGAAGCAUCCAUCCCACUCCAUCGAUCCAUCUCCCACGCCAGCUUAUCUCAGCUACGUACUCCACUAGUAGAGCUAGUAGAUCCGGCCGGGGCCAGCCGGUUGCUAACUAGCUAGCUCCUCCGGAUCGAUCGAUCGGUCGAUGGGGGCUCAUGGAGAUCGCCGCCGCCACCGCCGCGAAGAAGUCGGGGUGAUACUGGACGAAGAAGAGGAAGACCUCGAGCAGCACGAGGGGGCUUGUGGCGGGGGCGCCACGAGUGGAGUACUGGCGGCGGAGGAAGAAUUGGGGGGCGGCGGUUGCGAAGAAGCUGGUGGUGCAGGCAUGGUGUUUGAAGCUAGCAGCAGCGUGGGGAGCGCGAGCGUGACCAUGGGGCCGCCCCCGAUCAUGUGCUGGCCGCCGCCUGUUCCAUCGUCGUUGUCGUCCCAGGCGCUCCACCACUACCACAACAUCAACAACCUAGGCAGCGGCGGCGGCGGGCAGCAGGGUCCCUUCUUCCCGUUGCUGCCGCCGCAGCCUCCGCCGCCGCCCCCCUUCUUCGCGGACUUGUACGCGCGGCGCGCGCUCCAGUUCGCGUACGACCACCACCACCAUCACUCGGGCGGCGCGUCGUCGUCCUCGUCCGACCCGCUGGGGCUCUACAUGGGGAUGGCCGGGUACGGGCAGUACGGCGGCUCCCCCGGCGCGGCCGGGAUGAUGAUGCCGCCGCCCUUCGGCGACUUCGGGCGGAUGACGGCGCAGGAGAUCAUGGACGCCAAGGCCCUGGCCGCGUCCAAGAGCCACAGCGAGGCCGAGCGCCGCCGCCGCGAGCGCAUCAACGCCCACCUCGCGCGCCUCCGCAGCCUCCUCCCCAACACAACCAAGACGGACAAGGCGUCGCUGCUGGCGGAGGUGAUCCAGCACGUGAAGGAGCUGAAGCGGCAGACGUCGGAGAUCAGGGAGGAGGCGGCGUCGGCGUGCCCGUGCCCGCUGCCGACGGAGUCGGACGAGCUCACGGUGGACGCGUCCAGCGACGAGGACGGGCGGCUCCUGGUGCGCGCCUCGCUCUGCUGCGACGACCGCGCCGACCUGCUCCCGGACCUCAUCCGGGCGCUCAAGGCGCUCCGCCUGCGCGCGCUCAAGGCCGAGAUCACCACCCUCGGCGGCCGCGUCAAGAACGUGCUCCUCGUCACCGAGGACCACAGCUGCGACCACCAGCAGCAGCAGCAGCAGGACGACGGCGACGAGCCCAUGCCCAUGUCGCCGCAGCACGCGGUCGCGUCCAUCCAGGAGGCGCUGCGGGCCGUCAUGGAGCGCACGGCGUCGUCGGCGCCCGCGGAGGACUCCGGGGGGUCCGGGAGCGGCGGGCUCAAGCGGCAACGCACAACGAGCCUCUCGGCCAUAUUAGAGAACAGGUCCAUCUAGGCUAAUUAACAGGUCUAUCCACGUAUACGUUAUACGUACGUGAUGAUCGAUCUCGAUCAGGUGUGCAAAACGAAUUUACGGAAACGGGAUAGGAGUAAAAACAACGAGCGACGUCGUACAUGACUGCAUGCACCACAGUGUCUCUCAUAAUAUUUGAUGACAUGAUACCGUGCAACUAGGCAACUGGCUUAGCUAGUAGUGCUAGUUAAGGAUCACAUUUGAAACCCCAACUGAUCGCUCUUAAUUUUCGCUUAGCUAGCUUGCCCCCAAAUUGAUUUAUACUCCAGUGUUUCUUUUGUUUGUGUGUGUGAGGAACUAGCUUAGCUUGGUGGUGAUAUGUGUGUUUGUAUCUAGUAUCUUUGGACGGUACCCUCAGCGGUCGAUACAAGGCUUCUCCUUUUCUCUUCUGGCUGGAAUUUAAACCUUUAUACAUUGGAAACUUCAUAGGUGUCAACAUAUUUAAUUAAGGGCCGGCUAUUUAUCAGCUGUCUGUUUUUUUAAGAAAAAGCCUUAAAUCUUA